AUGCUAUUCGGCGUGAACGAAAAGAUUCUUUGCUUUCAUGUUGGAUUAUUGUACGAGGCAAAAGUUCUUAAAGCGGAAAAUUGGACAGGAGAUGAUAAUGUAACCAAAGCUGUUGGUCCGCAUUAUUUCGUACAUUAUAUGGGAUGGAGAGCAAGAUGGGAUGAAUGGGUACCGGAAUCGAGAAUGCUAAAGUUGAACGAAGACAAUAUUCAAAAGCAAAAAGCACUCGCAGAAUCCGUCAAAGCAGCUCGAGAAGCAAAAUUGUACGAAGGAUCAGGUAGCAGUACUGGCAUAAACGGAAAUACUGCAAGUCAUGGAAGAGAAUCUAGUGAAACGCAUGAUUUAGCUGAUCGUAGAAAGACAAAGGAGAGUAGAGGUACAAAACGUGGUCGUGAUGCGGUGGAGCAGGAAGAAGAAUAUAUAAAGAGACCUGAAAUCAAAUUGACGAUCCCAGACACGCUCAAAGUACGUUUGGUAGACGAUUGGGAAUUCGUUACAAAGCGAAAUUUGUUAGUUCCUCUGCCUAGAGAGCCAAAUGUUGAGGAUAUUCUAUCGUCAUACCGUGCACAUUAUCUAUCGAGCAAGAAAGAUCACAAGGCUUCCCGUCCGCCUGCCGUUUUGGAUGAAGUUUUGGAAGGACUUAAAGCAUACUUUAACAAAGCACUAGGAAACAAUCUUCUUUAUCGUUUUGAGCGAGCACAAUACGUUCAGCAAAGGAAAGAUUGGAACGUUGCUCAAGAGGCGAUGGAACCUAGCAAAGUGUACGGGGCAGAGCAUCUAUUGAGACUUUUUGUCAACCUCCCUAGUAUCAUCGCUCACACAACCAUGGACGCCGAAUCUAUUCUCCUCCUCAAGGAACACUUGGCAGAGUUCCUAUCUUAUAUGGUGAAAGAGCAAAAAAACUUCUUUGUGAAAGAUUACGAAGCACCGAGUUUGUCUUAUCAUCGAUUGACAUAUACCUAA